CUUGCCCGCCCACAUCACUCGACUUUGCAUCCACCUCGCUCCCUCACUCACCCUCGCUUACUCACCCACCCACCUGCUUCGCACUUGAGCCUCGCUCGAGUAUCCAUCCGCCUCGCUCCCUUGCUUCCCCGCGCCCGCCGAACCCGGAUCCGUACGCGAACGUGCAUCUCGAGACCCUCAUGCUGCCCCGCACGCACUCGCUGACGCUCCGCGGCACGGACCUCGUCCGGAACCUGCACUUCGAGAAGCGCGUCGCCGUGCGCUUCACGCUCGACGACUGGCAGACCACGAGCGAGGUUACGUGUAGGCACGUCGUGAGCCUCCCGAGCUUGCCGCCGCCGUUCCCGCACGAACAUCGGACCGUGGGCGAUCUGGCGGUGGGCAUUGCGAGUGGGCGGGUGAAGGCGGAUGAGCUGAGACCGGGUUGGGAUCGCUUCAGCUUCACAAUCCGGUUAGAGGACUACGAGCACAAGCUUACCGACCGCAUGCUGUACCUUACUAACUACAAGAUCGACUUCCGGCGCGCGUCCGCGUCGCACUCGCUGAACUUCAGCAGCAUGGGCUUCGGCGCGAUCGGCUCAGGGAGCUUCGGCCAGGCGAUCGCGCAGCAACGGACGUUCAGCGCACCGAGUCCUGCUCGCUUUCCUGGCCGCUCGUCUUCCUACCUUCCUUCCCCCCGCUUGUCCCACCUCCCUUACUGACCCGCACAUGCCACGAAAUCUUGAACCCAGCGAGAAG